AAGAAGCUUAGCAGAUUAACGGUGGCCGAUUUGAAAUAUCUGUUUAAUUUGGGUCGUACACGAACCGAUUUGGCUGCCGUGGCCAGUGAUACACCACAGCCAGGUUCCUUCGUACCAGCUUCAUCACUUAUGAGCACCAAUACAGAUCCGUCUGAAGCUCGCAGUAGAUUCGAGACCGAUUGA